GAGUAGACCGACCUGGAUAUAACAGAUUCUGCUGCUCUCAUUCCUCACCAUUGUCUAGCCAACUGUCGUCAUGUUUCACUCUCCAGACCACACCUCUCCGCCAUCAGUGGAAGGGCUGGACCUGUUGAGUCCCUACCUGUUCACACACAGAGGGUACAACUUUACAGUGGGAGAGACCGACCCCCAAUACAUCGACUCCCUCCAGAGCUUUGAGAUUCAAGAAACUGACAUUUUCCUCGUCUCCUAUCCCAAAUCAGGUACGAUAUGGACCCAGCAGAUCCUGGUCCAGGUGGUGGAGGCGUCCUACCCUGAGAGUAAUGGCACCGACCAGAGCUCCACCAACCUGGAGAAGAUGCCCUGGCUCGAGUACCCAGACACCCGCCCCGAGCGCCCGCGCCCCGCACCUAGACUCUUCAUCUCCCACCUGCCUCCAAACCUGCUGCCCGCCAGCCUGAACACCAAGAGACCCAAGAUUGUGUACGUGAUGAGAAACCCGAAGGACAACAUGGUGUCCUACUACCACUUCUGUCACGUGUGGAGCAAGCUGGAGACACCCAGCAGCUUCCAGGAUUUCUUCGACCAGUACCUGACAGGGAAAAUGGUGGGUGGAUCGUGGUUUGAUCACAUCCGUGAGUGGUACACCAAGAGAGAGCAGUAUGACAUUCUCUUUGUCAAGUACGAGGACAUGAUCAAGGACCUGAGAUCAGUGGUGGUGGAUAUCUGUGAUUUCCUUGGGAAGGACCUGACCCCCUCGGCCAUUGACAGCAUUGUUGAGAAGGCCAGGUUCAAGAACAUGAAAAAGGAUCCAAAAGCCAACUAUGAGUUUCUGCCCAAAGACGUGCUCGUUCUGGAGAAAGGACACUUCCUACGGAAAGGUACCAUAGGAGACUGGAAGAACUUGUUGACGGUGGCCCAGAGUGAACACUUUGACCAGGUGUUUGAUGAGAAGAUGAAGGACCUGCCUCUAAGGUUCACCUGGGACAUCAACCAACAUCACAGAGCCGCCCAAACCAUCGGUCCUGGAGGUCACCUGUCACUAUAGAUCUGAAUAGAACAUGGAUGGGUUCCAAAUGGCACCUUAUUUCCAUAUACAGUAUAAUACACUACUUUUAAUCAGAGCCAUAUGGGCCUUGUCAAAAGUAGUGCACUAUAUAGGGAAAUCGGGUGCCAUUUGGAAAACAGGCCAUUUGUCACUACAGAAUUUAAUAAAAAAUGUGUCACUGUGGAAUCUAGUACAACACUUGAAUAAAGUUUAAUAGACCUGUAUAAUUGAA